GUUUGGACCUCGCAAUGGUCUUCGCUUCAGUUCCCCCUUAUACCGGUUAUUUUCAGCUUCUUGCAUCGCUUCCUGGCCAAUUAUAUACAGGAUACGACUGUCUAUGACAGAAUACAGCGUCCAACAGGCGAUCUGCCAUGGAUCAGGGCGUCAUGGGUUUUCACCGUUUUAAUUUCGGGCGGUAUCUCCAUAUGCAGGCAUUUUCAGGUUCCGGGACGGGCUAUGUCGUUUCAGUCUCCGUCUUUGGAGGCGACCUUAAACGCCCAGACAAUAGGUAUUGGCAGCGCAGUGAUCUGGAUUCUCUUAGAGCUGAAAGAUGUGAGCGAGGAAAAGAAGCUACAUCUACCCUGGUUAUACAUAGCUUUGGCUCUGCCUUUAUGCCUUAUCCUUGUCGGACCAGCAGCAACGUUUGCUUUGGGGUGGGGUCUAAGAGAGGAGAUCCUAGCUAGAGAUGAUAGGGAGGGAGCGUUGACAGAUUACGUCGCCUCUAAAGCACAUGAGAUGUAAAGUGGCUUUGGAAUAGCGAUUUGAGAUCAUCCCUAGAUUUUGGUUCUGUCGACGGGAGUCUUGCCAGUGUAAUGUCACUUCAACCUUCCUGCCCUCUCAGCCGCACUCAAGCAACAGGUAAAAUGCGGUUGAACAGUGGAUGAGCCCUAAUAUAGUUGCUACUUUACCCGCACAUACCACUAGCUGAAAAAUUGAGUGCAUGUGAGUUGGGUGACGCCAUAUCAUAUUACGGGGUGAGUAGGGUAUGUGUGGG